CGAUUCUUUUGCUUCUUCCACACUUCCCUUCUCCCCCUUUCAUAUAUAUAAAUACACUCUAUUGCACUGACCAUUUCUUUCUCUCUUAUCUGUUCAUCCUCUUGCAUUUCUAUACUGCCAAGAUACACAUUCAUCUUCUUUCAGGUUUUGCUUUUUUCUACGAUGGCCGAUAGAGUACAUCCGCGUGACUCGCCUCCAUCAUCCACUGAGUUCAAGCCGACGACGCCGCUGUUCUCUCCAGAUCACCUACAGUCGCCCAUGAAACCUCCAGCUCCUGCGCCUGAGAAGCCUGUUCCUCCACCACGUGAAACUUACGUCAUCCAAAUCCCAAAGGAUCAGGUCUACCGUGUGCCUCCUCCAGAAAAUGCCAAGCGCUAUGCGAAACUCUCUGGCAAGAAGCCACGCCGCAGUGCCUGCUGCUGCUGUUUCUGCUGGUUCCUUGGCCUACUUGUUGCCCUCAUUCUACUUGCUUGCAUAGCCGCUGGUGUCUUAUACCUUGUUUUUCGGCCAGAAGCUCCUAAGUACUCUGUUGAUUCCGUCUCCAUUAAAGGAUUCAAUCUUUCGUCAUCGGAUCCACUCUCGCCGGAGUUUGACGUCACUGUUAAAGCCGAUAACCCCAACGAUAAGAUCGGAAUUGAUUACCGGACUGGAAGUUCAGUCAAUGUGUAUUACAAUGACGUUAGGCUUUGUAACGGUAAGCUGCCAGUAUUUUACCAGCCAAGCAAUAAUGUGACGGUCUUUGUGAUGGCGUUGAAGGGAUCAGGGAUUGAGUUAACGAGUGCGGCACGUAAGGCGUUGGUUAACGGCGUAAACAAAGCAAAUCUGCCGUUCAAUUUAAAAUUGAGGGCGCCGGUAAAAAUUAAGGUGGGAUCCGUUAAGACGUGGACAAUUACCAUCAAAGUUAACUGUGAUGUAACGGUGGAUAAGUUAACCGCAAAUGCAAAAAUUGUGUCCAAGGCUUGUGAUUAUGGUGUUGAUCUGUGGUAACGGCAUGUUUGGUUGUAAAGUUAAGGUGUUUUGGUGGUGGAGGAACACAAAUACAUUAAUAUGUUUGUUUAUUUUAUUUUUGUUUUUUAGGGCUAUAAUAAUCAGUAGUGGUAUACAUGUUGCAGAUUAACGAACUAGGAUUGCAGGAUAUAUCAAUGAUACAUAAAUAUGAUUCAUUAUUAUUAUUUAAUUUAUUACAAUUCCUUAUUAUUGAA